UCUUCAGUGUUACACUGGACACGAUCGACAUCGCAGCUUUCGAACGAUUUUACGUAUCACUUGAUAUCACCCAAUUACUUAACAUUAUUAGUUUUGAAAACGUAAUUGUCGAGACAAAUUGUCAUUUCUUACAUAGUGCAACUAACUUUUAUUGGCUUUAAACGGUCAUAUCUAGUAUUCAGAAUGAUUUACAGUGAACGCGCAGUGAUAAUAAUCUUUGGUGUAAUCCUUCUUGUAACAUCAGGGUCUGCUUUACGAUGUUGGGUUUGCGCCUCCAACGUAAACGUCAUGUGUAAGGAUCCAAUGAAUACUACGGACCAUCAAGCUACAUUUCACACUAGAACGUGCGAUAGUGGUAAUUACGGCUCUGCCAAACCUAUUUGCCGCAAGAUUGUCAAAAGAGAAUACGGUGAGCGAGUUAUAUUACGUCAAUGUUCCACUCCGAACCACGACGAAGUUAAUAUAGAUGAUGGUCCAUGCAGUUCUACGUCGCAACCAGGAAACGACGCAAUCGAGUCCUGCCAUAUUUGCAGCAGCGAUUUAUGUAACUCCGCAACCAGCGUACCUAUAAUGGGAAUACUUUAUGCCAGUAUGGCAUUAUUUACCUACAAUUUCUGUUAGUCAAAAUAUUAUACUUUUUAACCUUAUAAGUUGUAGUAUAGUACGUAACUAUGAUUUUUUGCGAAUAACAACAAAUGAACGAAAGUAAAAAAAAUAUUCAUGAAAACGUAGCGAAUGCUUAAUGCUAUUUAUGUAUGACUAACAAAUUAUUAUUUUUCAUUUAAAGUCAGUUCUGGUUCAUGAAGACGUAUAAAUAUAUGAAAAUAAUUUCGCAUACUGUUUUUGUUUUGUGGAUAGUUAAAACAAUGUUACGUAAAAAGUGCAACUAAAACAAAUUUGUGUUUCACACAUCCAGACUGUGACAAUCUAAUUGUUAUGAAACAAAAUUAUAAAUAAUAAGUGCGCAGAUUAUAAGUGAUAUUGAUUUAUUAGUUAGUAUAAGUACAAAAUAAAGAACGUAACAUAAUUUCGUGUAAAAUUGUUUUCUCAACAAACAUUUUAAAAGCUCGUAUAACAAUUUCGCAUACAAUUUAAAUUAUUUUUAUUGUCUACAUGCGAUAAAGUCAGCUUCUUAUCUUCGUUUCUUUGACCUUAUAUUUAGCAAACUAUGGCUUAUAAUUAUUACUUAAUGUACAGUGUAUUCAGCGUCUGUUGUAACUGGUGUCAGAAGAAAAAAGUAAUGCAACACAUUUUA